GAUGACGUCAGCACCGACGCGUUCAUUCAGCGUCGAGUCUUCAGGGCUGAGGACAGUGAGAAGAUGAGUGAUCCAGAACCCUGCAGUAUUAAACAGGAAGAGACUGAUGCACAAAUAGAAGUGAUUUUGGAGGAGAGUGAAGAUGAGGAGGAACAUCAUGCCAAAUUUCAAUCAAAGACUGCACAUUUUUCAGUGGAGGGAACAGGUUUGAUCUGCCCUCAGUGUGGAAGGAGUUUCAAGAACAGUGUCACUCUGAAGCGUCACAUGAUGAUCCACAAUGGAGAGAAACCCCACAAGUGUUUGCACUGCGAGAAGAGAUUCAUUCAUUCAGGACAACUGAAAAUACAUGAGAGAAUCCACACCGGAGAGAAACCUUACCAGUGUUCGCACUGCGAGAAGAGUUUCAGCGAUUCAGGAAACCUGAAAAAACACGAGAGGAUUCACACUGGAGAGAAACCGUAUCACUGCACCGACUGUGGGAAGAAUUUCAGCCAUUUCUCUUCUCUACAAAGACACACACAACAGAUUCACAAUGUGACGGUGAAGGAGGAGAGUGAAGAACUGAGUGAAGACGAGGAGAAACAUCAUGUCAAAAGUGAAGAUGGUGAACAAAGUAUUUCAGUGGAAGGAACUGCCAUAAAAAGCUUCAUCUGCACUCAGUGUGGAAACAGUUUUAGCCGCAAAAACACUCUCGAUCAUCACAUGAGGAUCCACACCGGAGAGAAACCGUACAAGUGCUCACACUGCGAGAAGAGAUUCAGACGUUCAGGACACCUGAAAAUACACCUGAGGACUCACACCGGAGAGAAACCGUAUCACUGCAGUGAGUGUGGGAAGAAUUUCACACAGUCUUCUUCUCUACGAACACACACAAUAAACUUUCACAGUAAAUGGAUCACCUAAAGCUCUUCCAGGUUGCCUUAUUUAGGGUAGUGAAGUUGCUAAAAUGUGUAUAAUGAUAAAAUAAAAGCAUGAAGU